AUGACAUGCUCUAAUCUUUUCAUCUACAUGCUUUUAAUUUGUCUAUCUUUCACUUUUAAUAGGACACUAGCAUUGCUCCCUCAUCAACACCCUGACCCUGAAGCCAUUGUUCUACAACUACAAAGGAAAAUAAAUGCUUCAAUCACCUCUAGAAGAAGAUUACUUGAAACACAGCCAAUAUUCACUCGAUCAAAAGACCAAAUUCCUUGUCAGACAGGAAACCCGAUUGACGAUUGCUGGAGAUGUGACCCAAACUGGGCCAAUGACCGUCAACGCCUUGCUGACUGUGCUAUCGGAUUUGGUCAGGGUGCAAUGGGUGGGAAAGGAGGCCAAAUAUACGUUGUCACAGACUCAUCUGAUGGUAAUCCAGAAAACCCAUCUCCAGGAACACUAAGACAUGCUGUCAUACAAUCUGAACCUCUAUGGAUCAUAUUUGCCAAUGACAUGCACAUUAAUCUGAAAAAUGAGCUCAUUGUGAGCAGCUCAAAAACCAUUGAUGGCCGUGGAGCUAUCGUGCAUGUGACCGGGAAAGGGUGCAUUGUGAUAGAGAAUGUGGGGAACAUCAUCAUUCAUGGCCUCUACAUCCACGACUGUGAACCAUCGGGAAAGGCUAAGAUACGGGUGAGUCCAACAGACGUUGUGGGCAGAGGCAAAUCAGACGGUGAUGGAUUGACGGUCAGGGGGGUAAGAAAUUUGUGGAUUGACCAUUGUUCUUUUGCCAGGUGUACCGACGGACUGGUGGAUAUCACGGAAGGAUCAACAGCCGUGACAGUUACCAAUUCAUAUUUUACAGAUCAUGAUAAGGUCAUGUUAUUGGGUCAUUCUGAUGACUACUUGGCAGAUGCCGGCAUGCAGGUGACUGUAGCAUUCAAUCACUUUGGGAAAGGGCUUGUGGAGAGAAUGCCAAGAUGCCGGCAUGGAUAUUUCCAUGUCGUAAACAAUGACUAUACUGAAUGGCAGUUGUAUGCUAUUGGCGGAAGCGCUGCUCCCACCAUCAAUAGUCAGGGCAACAGAUUUGUUGCCAUGCCUAAUUCUCACAAAGAGGUGACAAAGCGAAUGGAGGCAAAGGAGGAUGAAUGGAAGGGGUGGAACUGGAGGACAGAAGGGGACUUAAUGGUCAAUGGUGCUUUCUUUGUGCCCUCGGGUGCAGAGUUUAGUGUUCAGUAUGCCAAGGCUUCCAGUGUUCCACCAAUGUCUGCCUAUCUCAUAAACCAACUAACUAUGCAUGCCGGUGUACUUGUAGGCCCUGCAAGCAAUGUAGGUGAAAAUCCUCCACCUGGUGACGGUCCUCCACUGAUUACUCCACCUCUAGAUGGUCAACCUAAUGGUGGUAACCCUAACUUUCCUCCAGGAACCAUACCACCUGAUGGUGGCGGCUAUGGCUACCCGCCGGGGACAAUACUGCCAGGUGUCAACACUUAUGGGACCAUGCCACCAGGUUGUUUUGCACAUGAAAACAUACCUGGUGGCGGUUGUAUUCCUGGGAACACACAAUAUGGUGAUCCUGGGAUGAAUCCUGGUGGGUACGGGUCAGGAUCACCACCACCUGGGGUGCUACAAGGUUGUGGACCUGGAAUAAUACCUUAUUGUGGUGGUCCCGGCAGCAGAAGAUUUUCAGGUGGAUCUGGAAGCAUUCAAACAUUGGCACAUUCUUCGAUAUCAAUCAACAUAUUUCUGUCCUCCCUAGUUGUAUUAUCAUUGCACACGCCCAUUCCUCCAGUGCUCUAUUUUCAUUAA